UCCUAAUCAAUUUUCAUUGUGAUCUUUACUGUUUCCUAUCAAACAAUAAUAACAAUUGGUAACAAUUAACUUACAAAUUUUUGCGACUUCAAUUUGGGUUCUUUGAUUGUGUUUUCUGUUGCCUUGAUUGUGAUUUAAAUUGUUAUUUACUCGGAUAAUUUGUCUCUUAUUGUCUUACCUUCAGCGAUCAUCAAUAAUAUCGGAUAACUUUACCAAAAUCAAUCAAGAUCUGCCGAUGAUUUAUCACAGUUUAGCCAUUGGUUUAAUCCUUACACUUACAUUUAUUCAACCAACUUAUCAAGCAUGUAACCCUGUAUAUCAGUACGAGUGCCCCAAAAGCAAGGAGUGUAUCGGUAAAGCUUGGAUCUGUGAUAAUGAACCUGAUUGUUCAGAUGGUGAAGAUGAGGAACCAUUUAUGAAUUGUAAGGAAUUGAAAUGUGAUUUAAAUAAACAAUUUAAGUGUAGCCAUGGUCAGUGUAUUCCAAUGCAUUGGCUAUGUGAUGGUUUCAAGGAUUGUCCCAUUUACCAUGACGAUGAAGAUCCAGUGAUGUGUUCAAAUCUUUUACGACGAUCAAAUCGACAAUCUCGUAAUUAAGUGAACAAUUAACCAAACCGUUUGAUUUAAAAUUACUGAAAAUUACUAAAAAACAGCAACAAACGACAACAAUUAACAUUAUAAAUGGUUGCGAUUGAAAAUUUAAAAUAGGCUCCUAAUUGUGCUUGUUUGGGUGAUUACAAUUAAGAAAAGUUUUGCCUCACAAUUAGCAAUUUAAUUGCUAAUUUAUUUUGAUUUGUAUUUUUUUUUGUUAAACCUUUCAAAAUGUAACAGUAAAUAUUGAUUAUCUUUAUUUUAAAAA